CUGCAAUUAAGAGUACGCCUACGCCUAGACAUGCUGUCGGGAGUUUAGCGUUUUUCAAUUUGCCACUAAAUCAUGCAAGCGCGGGUUGGAUAAAUGAGAAUCACAGAUACUUCCCCGCCCCUCUUUUAUUCCGUUUAAAGCAAAGGGGAGACCCGGAAGUUAUUAUAUUGAAACAACAGGCGCACAAAAGCACCUGCAACGCACCUCAUGCAUACUUGAAAAAAUCCAAUGAUUUUAUAGAUCUUGAGAAUUUCCUGCACCAUAUCAACGGAUCAUCUCCUAACCUUUGUGAGUCUCAAUGUUUACUUGUUUGGUUCAUAUCGAAAAUUCUGUCGUAUUAUUUGCUAACUUUAUUCUAAGCAAGGGGGCGUUCUGCCUGAAUAAACACUGUAAACCACGAGCCAGACAGGUACUGGCUACAUCUAUUAACUUAGCUGCAACUUCCUUAAUAGCUGACGUCAGACCACAGGACCAGCGUGUGCCCCUGCGUGUGUGUUGUUGUGGGAGGGGACGCAGAGUACCCAGUGCGCAUGAUUCUUCAGUUGGAGCCGCAGCAGCGGAGCUGUGGUCAAAGAAAUCGAAACAGCACGAGACAUGGCUAGAGAUGGAGGGAUACAACCAGACUGCGACCACAGCUGCUGAUGCUCCAGUAAGAGAAGGGGGGGCUUAAAUUUAUAUUAAUAAGGAUUAAAAAUAAAUAAAAUAAACAUUUAAAAGCCACUUAAAAGAAAGAAAAAAAAACGUUAAAAUAAUGAAAUAAAAACAGAAAUCAAAUUUUUAAAAAGAAAAGAAAAACGGAACACGAGAAAUUUUGCUUGUUAAAUUUGAAGACUUUUUUGGACUUUUCCCAGACAGAUCAGAUAGAUGUUUUGUUCACAAGAUUGCACGUAUAAUGAAUGCUCAGCUGUCGAUGGAGAAUAUUGGCGAUCUACACGGAGUGAGCCAUGAGCAGGUGCCCACCACGGCUGACCUGAUGAGCAGCAGCAGCCCUCAUCACAGGAGCACGGUGACCCAUCGCAGCAACCACUUGUCAGCCCACGCGCGUUCUAUGGGCAUGGCAUCAAUCCUAGACAGCGGCGACUAUCAUCAACAUCGACCACCGGACCACGGUCUGGCCGGUCACCUACACCCGGCUAUGUCCAUGGCUUGCGAGGCUCCUCCAGGCAUGAGCAUGAGUAGCACGUACACUACGCUGACCCCCCUGCAGCCGUUACCUCCUAUCUCGACAGUCUCGGACAAGUUUCCCCAUCACCAUCACCACCAUCACCAUCAUCAUCACCCCCACCAGCGGAUCCCUGGCAACGUGAGCGGCAGCUUCACUCUCAUGAGGGACGAAAGAGGUCUGGCGCCUAUGAACAAUCUCUAUGCUCCAUACCACAAGGAUGUUACCGGUAUGGGGCAAAGCCUGUCCCCAUUGUCAGGAUCCGGGCUUGGUGGUAUACACAACUCCCAGCAGGGGCUGCCGCCUUACGCACACCCGGGUGCCGCUAUGCCGACAGAGAAAAUGCUGACGCCCAAUGGAUUUGAAGCCCACCAUCCUGCCAUGCUGGCCAGGCAUGGGGAUCAACAUAUGACCGCGUCCUCUGCGAGUAUGGUCCAGAUUAACGGGAUUCACCAUCACCCUCAUGCCCACUUGAACACCCAGGGCCACGGCCAAGUACUAGGCUCACCCCGAGAACAAAAUCCAUCUUCAAUGCCGGGAUCGCAGGUCAACAACGGAGGCAAUUCAGGGCAAAUGGAAGAAGUCAAUACCAAAGAAGUAGCCCAGAGGAUCACCACUGAGCUUAAAAGGUACAGCAUCCCCCAGGCCAUUUUUGCCCAGAGGGUGCUGUGCCGAUCGCAAGGGACCCUAUCUGAUCUGUUAAGGAACCCCAAACCUUGGAGCAAGCUGAAGUCCGGUCGUGAGACUUUCCGUAGAAUGUGGAAAUGGCUGCAGGAGCCUGAAUUCCAGAGGAUGUCUGCUCUCCGGCUCGCAGGUGAGCGAACAAUAGCAUGUAAGAGGAAGGAACAAGAGCACGGCAAAGGAGAGAGAGGGAGCAUCUCCAAGAAGCCACGGCUGGUCUUCACAGAUGUCCAGCGCCGGACUCUGCACGCAAUAUUCAAGGAGAACAAGCGCCCAUCCAAAGAAUUGCAGCUCACCAUCUCACAGCAGCUGGGUCUGGAGCUCACCACCGUCAGCAACUUCUUCAUGAAUGCACGGAGGCGGAGCCUGGACAAGUGGCUGGACGACGGGAGCUCAAACUCGGCCAACUCCUCAUCCUCAUCAAGCACUUGUACCAAAGCAUGAAGGAAUAAUGGCCGCUUACUGAAACCUCGGUGGAAAAGCUUUAAAAAUAGAGAAAUACAAAGAAACCUAACAAAGACAAGGACCUCUAGACAGCAGUUUUAUCCUUAAAAAAAACCUGUUUGAGAGAAAAAUGACGACACUAAUAUUUAUAGUAUACAAAGAAAAACCAAAGACUUCUUUCACCUUCAUUAAAGACUUUGUUCUGCAACACAUUUAAGUCAGACAUUUUGCAAAAAAAAGACGAAAAAAGAAAAAAGUUACAAAAACUCCUGAUUCACUGGUUGUACACCUUUAGCUCUCAACCUUCUUCACCCCCCCCCCCCACCCCACCUUCACCCCCACCACCCUUGUCAUUGUUACUCAGCGUGAUUGGAGGUUUACAGCAUAGUAGAUUUUUGUCCCUGAAUGGAUGUUAUAUCAACUUGUGAGCCAUUAUGUUUAUGUUACUAAUCCAUAAAAGGUGUAUGAUGUUGAGAGGAGAAAAACACUGUGCACAGAACAGUGGGAGGAGGUCCUGUAGGACAGUCCUACGGAAGGAUUGUGCAGAGGCAUGACUGGAAUGUAGUGGAGUCAUUUGGGUUCUCCCUGACUAUUUACAUUUCCUGUCUGUUGAGCACUCAGAUAAGCUGGGAGAAUCCCAGUUUUGAGGGUUGAAUCUUGCCGAAUAUUGUCUUGAAUGUCACCGACAUGGUAGUGCUUUCUUCCUAAUUGUUGGAGAAAUAUCCAAGAAAACCAAAAAGAAAACCUAAAACCAAAAAGAGGCACUCCCACUCCCCACCCCACCCCAUACACAUUUAACAUCUUUUAUCACACCAAAUAAUAUAGCAUACCAAAGAAAAAAUAAGAUAUAUUUAUAGAAGAUCCUAAGUAACGUUUUUUUUACUUUUUUUUACUUUCCUUUUUCAAUAUAUAAAAUUUCAUGUGACUGUUGAACAGAUUUUUCGUCAACCUGAAUAAUUUCACAAAGCUUUAUGUUCUCGUUCCCCAAGAUGUUAGAAAGCUACUAAAAUGACAACAAACCGAAGUAUGUAGUCUCGAUUUAACAUCAACUUCAGAUGAUGCCUCAGGUAUUUUAAAGGCCCCCUGCAAGUAUAAUUUUAUAUUUCUCAGAUUAAUGGGAAUGCAAAUAUAGGUUUAUACAUUUCCAUAUUUUAGGUUUAUUACUAAAAUAUGGAAAUGCCUAUCUAGAUUCAGCAUCAAAAACAAAUCUGGAGAAUUAGGUCCAAUGAGCAUGCUUUAAAGUUGUAAAUCUGCAGCUGUUUUAGAGUGCACUUAUCAUGCACACUUCAUAUUGAAAUCACUGGGACAAAGCAGGUAAUGCCAGAAGAUGAUAGUUAAAUACAUUUUCUAGCAAGAUUAUUUGUCAUUCAAUAGCUAAUAGCCAAAUAGCACAAACUUGCUAUAUUUCUGAAAGGCCCAAACUGACAUCAGAAUAGUUAUAAUUGCUUAUAAAAUCUAACAACCAUAUUUGUGGAGACAAUUGCUUGUUUCAUUACAUAUUUGUUCAGCUCAUUCAAUGGUAUUAUUGCAAGGGGAAUAAAUAACUUAAUGUGGUGCUUAUCAGUAAGCAGAAACUGUUUAAAACUCCAGUUUUUCCACUUCAUGUUAGGCUUCUAAGCGUUUGAUCUACUAUGGUGAUUAUAUUGACAAGACUGGCCUAAGGCUCUGUGAAGGAACUGCUAAUUUGACACACCUAUCAGCUGUAAAUCAAUGUCCGCAAAUUAAUAAUAUGAGGAAGUAGCUUAUUCCACCCUUGUUCUUUUUCAGAUAAGUUGUGCUUUUACAUUACAUGUGGGUUUUAUUGCAACAAAGCAACACACUGCAUUGAUCAGAUUGUUGUUACGCACACUUAAAGUAUUAAUUCACAACAUGGGGCCUGUACCUGUUAAUAUGGCCAAUUCCUUUUGAUAUAUUUAUCAAUAUUUUUGUAUUUUGACAAGCAAAUGUUUUUUCAGUAACCAAAGGAAUUAAAAUACCACCAGAAAGAAUAAGUCAAUUUUCUGCCCCUUCUGUGGGGACCUAUAAGCCUUUUAUAUUACUGCAGUUUUUCAUAUGUCGUUGUUGUAUUUCUUAUUCCUGUUAUUUAGGAUAUUUGAUGUUUUCAGGGAGAGCAACGGCACUAUGUUAACUUUAAAAAACUGUAGCAAAUGCUUUAAAAUGCCAGCUGCUAAGAACCAAAGAUUGAAUAUCAUUGACCAGCAUUUUGUGUGCAUUUUUGGCUUUGGAUUUUCCUUUUGGUUUUUCUCAAGUCAGGACCUAAAUACUGUUCUAUUGCAUGUCAGAGGUCUCUCAUAUUCAGGCCACAUUGUAGGCUAUUUCAUUGACAACUUAAAACUUUUAUUCAACAUACAUAAGGAACACUUGAAAUGAUGUCUUUAAGAGACCAAACAACAUAUGUCAUGUACAUUGUUACAUUGCAUCCAAAGUUUAAGCUGUGUAGCAUGCCUUAUUCUUAGACUAGCAUAAGAACUGUUGAGCUGAUAAAGGCUGAAGCAUACAAUUGAAAUGCUUAGGGUUUCCUGGCAUUUCUACCUGCUUAGUGUGACUUCUCAGUCUCAACAGUCUUAACUAGACUAGAUACAUCCCCUUGCAACUUCUUGUGCCAUGGAAACAGUUACAGUGGCAACAUCCGACUAAGCAGAUCAGGGGUCGUGGUCAGAACAGUGUUGGUCCGCUCACCAGGCUCUCUGGAGCUCUCUGAACCCAAAGAUUUCUGAUUUAACUUGAUGUUGUAGUGUUUCAGAGCAUCACAUGACUCUGUCCCAUUUCCUCCCCCACCUCCCUGGCCCUGUACUUUGCGAGAUGACGGCGGUGUCUCUGUAGAUGCCGUAUUAGUGCCAUGUGGCUAAAAGGAUUGUUUUGUAAAUAUCCAAAUAUCAAAGUGCAUUCAAACGCCUACUGUCAGCAA